CAGAAAGAGGACAGUCACUCCCGUCUUGUUGCUCUUGUAGGUAAACGAUGUCUAGUUGACUGCUACAUUCAAGGCUGUAAAACCAGAGCAUUAUGGGACACAGGAUCUCAAGUCUGCAUUGUUGAUGAAAAAUGGAAACGGAGACAUUUGCCACAUGAAAAGUUAAAGGAUGUCUCUGAGCUUCUAGAUGCACCUGAUGAUUUAACAAUAUCAGCUGCAAAUGGACAGAACAUGCCUUACACAGGUUUCAUUGAAGUGACUUUCGGACUAGCUGCUGAGGGAGCAGACCCCAAAGAACUUGUUGUUCCCAUGCUAGUAAUGAAAGGUGGGAGACUUUCACAACCCAUCUUAGGCUUUAAUGUCAUCGAGCAAAUAGUAAAAGACUGCACCACAGGACAACAAGAAGCAUCAAGAGAACAGCUAAAUAUGAUUUUAAGAACUGCUUUUCCCAGUCUUGAGAGAGACAAUGUUACUGCCUUUAUCAAUCUUGUGACCACUGAACAGUCAUGUGACUAUGUUGUAAAGACGACCAAAGAGAAAGUCAUUGUGCCCAAACACACCUCUGUUCAGGUUGACUGUAGAGUGCAGACACGCCCACUACAAAAGGACACCACACUUCUCUUUGAACCUGAUGUGAACCCUCAGUGGACUGAUGGCCUUGAAUUUUGUGAGACGUUGGUAAAACUAAGAAGUGGUGUUUCACCUUACAUUGUUCUCGAUGUGCAAAACCCUACUGAUCAUGAUAUUGAGCUGCAAGGAAAAACUGUUGUUGGUACGUUACAGCAUGUCCAAGCUGUGUAUCCAGCCACUGUUUUAGAGAAACCUGAUCAUUGCCCCAAAGUGUCAGUAAGUCAAGUUAAUGCACAAACUGAGAAAGUGAAUGAAAGUUCAUGGGAUCCACCUAUUAAUCUGAAUCAUCUAAACGAACAAGAAAAAGUAAUCGCGCAGACUAUGCUUCAUGAGGAAUGUGCUUCAUUUUCCAAAUCAGAUGAUGACAUUGGUUGUAUUGGAAAGUUGCAGUUGAACAUUUCAUUGAAAGACAUGAACCCUGUAGCACGUACCUACCUGUCAGUGCCAAAGCCUCUGUAUAAGGAAAUGAAAGAUUAUCUGCACAACCUUAUCGCUCAAGGAUGGGUAAAGAAAUCCAACUCUUCUUAUGCCUCACCUGUUGUCUGUGUAAGGAAAAAAGAUGGAAGUCUACGUCUCUGCAUAGAUUACAGAGAACUGAACAAAAAGACUCAUGCAGACAGACAACCGAUCCCUCGUGUGCAGGACAUCCUCGACAGUCUUGGUGGCAAUUCGUGGUUUUCAUUGCUAGACCAAGGGAAAGCAUACCACCAAGGGUUUAUGGACGAAGACAGUAGACACUUGACUGCAUUUGUAACUCCGUGGGGUCUUUAUGAAUGGAUAAGGAUUCCAUUUGGACUAAUGAACGCGCCUGCAGCUUUUCAACGCUGUAUGGAGGAGUGUCUGGAGGAGGUGCGAGACAACAUCUGUGUUCCCUACCUUGAUGACACACUCGUGUACAGUCAGUCAUUUGAUGAGCAUGUAAAUCAUGUCAGAAAAGUGCUUCAGCUGUUAAGAAAGUAUGGCAUUAAGUUGAAACCCAGCAAGUGUGAGUUAUUUAAACAUGAAAUCCGUUACCUGGGAAGAAUAGUUUCAGCGGAAGGAAGUAAAAUCGACCCAGCUGACACUAUUGCUGUGAGAGCCUUGAAAGAUAAAAGACCAAGAAAUGUUGGAGAGCUAAGAGCUAUGAUGGGCUUGCUAAGUUAUUACAGACAGUACAUACAGGACUUUUCAAGCAUUGCUGGUCCACUUUACAACUUGCUAAGAGGACAGACAAAAGAUGACAAAGUGCCACAAAGCAAAACGAACACAAGACAAGUGACAGGUAAAAACAAAGGAGUGUCUUCACACACAUUAAUCAGGUGGGAGGAGGAACACCAGUGUAUUUUGGAGCGGCUGAUAGACUGCCUGGUCGAGCCACCAGUUCUUGGGUUCCCUGACUUUUCAAAGCCAUUUACUCUCCAUACUGAUGCCUCAAACCGUGGUCUUGGUGCAGUUCUUUACCAGCAACAAGAAGAUAAACUGCGAGUGAUAGCCUACGGCUCCCGAACUCUGACUGCUGCUGAGAGAAAUUAUCAUCUGCACUCAGGAAAAUUAGAAUUCCUGGCUUUAAAGUGGGCGGUCACCGACAAGUUCAGAGACUAUCUGUAUUAUGCCCCCACAUUCACUGUGUUUACUGACAAUAACCCUCUUACUUAUGUCCUGUCCAGUGCCAAGCUUAAUGCAACAGGAUGCAGAUGGGUCGCAGAGCUUGCAGACUUCCACUUCACCAUUCGUUAUCGUCCAGGUAAAGAGAAUGUGGACGCAGACAGUCUGUCAAGAAUGCCUGUGAACAUCGACACAAUGAUGCAACAAUGUACUGAGGAGUUGACAUCCGACUGUGUGGCAGCGACAACCCAAGCUGUCGAGACUCAAGCUUCCAGCUCAUCAUGGGUCUGUCCAGAAGUAAACUCCAUCCAGAGUACUGUAGGUCUCCAAGGUUGCCUAUUGACCUGCUUUUUGGUCUCACAACUGAGUCAGGUAAAGCAGACCAUCGGACAUAUAUGGAGAGAUGGAGGACUGAAAUGCAGGAAGCAUAUUACAUCGUCAAGGAGAAUGCAAAGAAGUCAACAGAUAGGAGUAAAAGACACUACGAUGGAAAAGUGAGAAGCUCCGUACUACACCCCGGUGAUCGUGUCCUUAUAAGAAAUCUGACACCUAGAGGAGGCACUGGAAAGCUCCGCAAUCACUGGGAGGAGAACAUUCAUGUUGUGGUACGUCAGGUUGGAAAAGACAUCCCAGUUUACGAAGUGAAACCAGAGCAGGGUAGAGGACGAUCCAGAAACAUACAUCGCAACUUGUUGUUACCAUGCGAUCACUUACCCUUGGAAAUCCAACCACAAGCAGCAUGCAAACAAAACAAACGGAAAACACAGGCAACCACAGAAAACACAGAACAAGAGGAUGAGAAUGACGAAGAGGAAUGUUUGUUUUACUACCAGCCUGUGACACAGUCUGACAUACCCAAUGUGGACAGAAACCUUGAGCAUGCAGACACACAAAAUGACAGUGACAUUGAAACACCAGUGUUGUAUGAUGACAGACAAGUGAAUGAACAAGAUCCUCCAACAAACACACAUGACUCUGAGAUUGAGCUGGAAAAUGUGCUGCAGGAUGAUAACCUGGAUGAACAACCAGUUGCAGAAGCACAGGAUGAGAUUCAGGAUGAGAUUCAGGAGCUCCAGCAUCCAGAUUCAAGUGAUGAUGAUGGAGAACUGGAACAUGACCUACCUAAGAGAGACAGACGAGCCCCUAAGAUCUUCACUUAUGAUAGAUUAGGGACCCCUUCAUGCUAUAGUACAACCCAUGCAAAUGAGGCUUACCAGUGUUAUCCCAUACUGUACAGAGAGGUUCAGCCAAUGACAGUGUGGAGAAACCCCUAUCAAGUCUACCAACCCUUAUUUAUGCCAGGAUACUAAGCAGUAGCGGUUUCAGCUAUUGAGUAAGGAGAAAAUAAAAGAGUUACUUACAUGUUUAUUUGAGUUUGCAGUACAUCCAGUACUUUGUUAUUACAAAAAGAUUACUGUAGUUGUCCCCUUUAAAGGCAGAGCUUAGUGAACAAUACUUACAGGUUGAGAACCUUUCGUUCAUAGACACAAGGAUGUCGGGACGACAUCUAAUGUUGUAGGGGAGUGUGUGAUAGAUAGAUUUUUUUGUGAAAUAAGACAGUUAGUGACAAGUAAUUUAAAUUCAUUGUUAAAUGUCAUUACUGAAAAUUCAUAAAAAGGUAAAAAUGUUAAUAACUUAUGAUGUGAUAUGUGUCCUAAAAGAAGUUAAAUACUUUAAAAACGUGUUAAAAACAUUUAAAUGUUAUCAGUAAUGUUAUCUGUGCUCUACUUGUUCGGUCUUUGAUGAAUAGUGCUCAUGAUUGGUUGAUCAUGCCUGUCAUGACCGGAAGUGAGAGCUUUUGACGUCGAUGCUUCAUUCCCGGUGAAGCUGCCAGAGAGGAAGCAUCGUGUCUGUGUUUAUUUACUUAUUUACCCCCUUAACAGGUAAAAAAAUAAGUAUUUAAUGUUCUUUUACCGUGAGUUAUCAUUGCUUACCUGUUUUCUUGUGUUUUAUUAAUCUUAAAACCGUUUUGAGGAGCUGAUUAAAGUUAAGGCUACUGAAAGAGUUUGAUGCUAGUUAAGUUUUGUCUAACAUGCCGCUGCUAUGGCGCCACAAGAUGGCAGUGUUGGCGCAUGUAAAUGUGAAUGUGAUGAAAAUGUGAUUUUGACUUAUUUUUGUUAAGAUAUUAAAUUCCCGGUGAAGCUGCCAGAGAGGAA